AUUUACCGUAGAAUCAGACAAACACAAGCAUGCCACGCCCAAAAAAAAUCCUGCACAUUGUUUACCAGGGGAAAUCGACAAGGUAAAGUUUAGGUAAGCAAAGAAAAGAAAAGAAAGCUUCUCUUUUUAUUCCCUGUCUCUCUUGAUCACGGCUGUUGAUUUUGAGGGUUUUUGGAUAAAGAGAUGGAAAGUGGAUAUGAGGAAUCGACAAGUGUGCCUCUGGAAAGCUCGUCUUUUUCGAGCAAUAACGGCACUGAUGCAGGCGAUUUUGAAUGCAAUAUUUGCUUUGAAUUAGCUCAGGACCCGAUCGUAACUCUUUGCGGUCAUCUCUUUUGUUGGCCCUGUCUGUACCGAUGGUUACACCACCAUUCGCAUUCACAUGAAUGCCCAGUUUGUAAGGCCAUCAUACAAGAAGAGAAAUUGGUUCCUCUUUAUGGUAGAGGGAAAACUCAGGCUGACCCUCGAUCUAAAUCUUAUCCGGGUAUUGAUAUUCCUACUCGCCCGUCUGGACAAAGGCCUGAAACUGCUCCUCCGCCGGAUGCAAAUAAUUUACCCCAUUUUGGGUUUGGAAUGACAGGAGGAUUCAUGCCUGCAGCGCCUACAAGGAUUGGUGGCUUUACGAUUUCAACUGCUUUUGGUGGUCUAUCACUUUUCCCAUCGUUGCUUAAUAUUCAGUUUCAAGGGUACCCAGAUGCUACCGUGUAUGGAACAACAUCUGGAUUUCCAUAUGGCUUUCAUGGUUUUCACGGCAAUCAUACACACCGCUUCCCACCUGCAACUACUCGAGGGCAGCAGGCCGAUAAUGUUUUGAAGAACCUCUUCUUUUUUAUUGGAUUCUUGGUGGUCCUCGCUCUGCUUUGGUGGUAAAUCAAUGAAUUGCGUUUUGAACUUAGACUGAUAUUGUCACUUCGAAUUGUUUCUGUUGUAUCUGUAUAUACAUCAUCUGCGAUUGUUUUACUUAGAUAAUUCUGUAAUGAUUAAAAUCCUUUCGAGGGAGUUUCAUGUUUUCCACAACGACUAGCAAUCAUGGAACAUGAUUAAUUAUAAAUGGGAUGUAGAUUUUCCAACUA